AGGAGAGAGAGAGGCUGAGAGAGAGCGAGAGAGACCGAACUGAUCAGAAGAGACUGAGGCGGAAUGAGAGGGAGAGAAGCUAAGGAAUGAUUUUGGGUUGUUGGAGGAGGCCAGUCAAGCAGUUAUGCGUUUUUAGUGUGUGUUUGUGUAUGCAUGUUUGGGCUGAUGACGCACACUUUGAGAUGGCGUUAGGAAUCUCGAUCACCGUUAGUGCUGUGGAGAAGGCAUCCCAAUCCUCUCAAAGGGCCAACAUGGUGUAGCAUUGGUCCGCCGUGGCUCCUCUUCCUCGUCAGUGUGUGUGAGUGUUUUUGUGUGUGUGCGCGAACGUUUUUGUGUCUUCUUUUCUUCAUUUCCACCCCCUCUUAUUUUUAUUCUUCAGCAACACCUACCUUUUUUUAAUUAUCUUUACUCCUUGCUUCCUCAAACUGGUGGGGUUUUUUGCCUUCAUCUUCCUAUCUUUUUUCCCUUUAGUGGUGAUAAAGUUGGGCAUACGUUGAGAGCUUCUUUUUUGUCCAGCCAGCAUGGAUUGUCUUUGCAUUGUCACCACUAAGGUAAGAAACCCAGCUGGAUUGAAUAAUUCACAGGACCAGAGAAGAGAGGAAAUGGAGACACUGACUGUGAUUGUGGGAGAAUAAGGGAUCCAGUGGAACAGGAGCAGACAAAACUUUUCUCCCAAUGUUUGCACUUGUAAUCACGUUUUUGUCAGUGCUUGUCUUCGUUCCCUUGUCACUUUGAGCCUUGAUGUGAAGAGUUGAAUGGAUGAUUCAUUAAUGUUGGUAUAGGAUGCUUCCAAGUUGUAUGUAGUGUGAGUUUGACAUUGAGUGAUUUUAUGUGUGUGAGAGAAUGAGCCAUUACCCCCUAACUACAGUAUGCAUGUCAUAAUCCGGCAGCCUGUCAGCCAGCCAGCUUGCUGCUGCAACUCACGAGCACUUGGUAUUCUCCCAACAAUGUUUUGCAUUAUUAGAAUAGACAAAUAAUUAUGGAAGCUGCAGAACUGAAUUAUAUAAUAUCACGAAAUAUAAACUUUUUGGACUACACUGAGCCAAAAAUUAACAACUUAUUAAAAUAAUUAUAAAUGGAAUUAUUAUAGAAAUAUUAAAUUGUCUUAUCAACUAAAAAUGUUGAUACACCCCCGCAGUACCUCCGCAGAUCCCCUGGGGGGAAGACCUAGGCUUUAGUUAAUGAAGAAAUAAGCGAGAUAUUGCAGUCAGCCUCAGCGCAAAGCAUAUUAACUCACUAAAACACUUAAGAAAGUUCAUAAGUAUAGUAAGCUCUAAACAUCGGCAAGUUAUUUUUAGCAUGUUAGCCUACUGACAGUAGCAUCCUCUCUCUAAUUUAUGCUUAUGAACUGUGAGAAAAGCAGUAACAGUAUAGUAUGAUACAUUCGCCUGUGGGAAGAGUUGAAGUGUUGUAAAAUGAAAUGGAGGUGAUUUCUAGUUUGGAUGGUGAUUUCCUUUUAAACUUACUCAGAAUAACUGCAUUGAAGCCAUCUCCCUCUCUUAUUUAACCAUUACAUGGCAGGGGUCGUGUGUGUGCACGUGCGUGUGCAUGUGUUAUUUGACAAUGGCCAAUUUGACAGUGUGAUGACUGAGUUGACAUAACAACAAGAUAACUAUUCUGUAACUGUAUUCAGCUCUCCAUAAUGAAUGUGCGCUGCAUGAUCAUAUGUAAAUGAUCAAAUGUAAUGCUGAAGAUGCACGUUAAGUAGUGUGAUACCACGCCAUUAUUGAUUUUUUUUAAUCUUGGUUCAAGAUAAAGAUUUUGAUCAAGAUUAAAAUAAGUUCAACAAAUGCUCUUUAAAGAUGGUUGUGUGGUGGCCUCCUCUCUCCGUAGGGGUGCACGGCCAGCUGAUUAGGAGCGCGGUCGGGUAGUAUCAGACGUGGGUGUCGUUACCGUAAACCAAUCGCAUUGGUGCAGGCAAACGUUAAAAACUGUUCUCCUCUCUUUUGCUGUCAGUUGUCAUUUCAGCACGCUCCAAAGGUGAAGCGUAGCGUAGCGUUCAGUUAGCGGGUCCUACACCACAGUGUUACAUUACAUGUCAUUUAGCUGACGCUUUUAUCCAAAGCGACGUACAAUAAGUGCAUUCAACCAUACUGGUUCCGAGGGUCCGAUUGGACGUCGAUCGAUUGUGGAGGAACUAGCUCAACAAACCGAGGCGCCGCCAAGCAGCAGCCAAGCAGCAGGCGACCAGCCGGCGUGGUAGCACGCGUGUACAAGGCAGCAAGUGGUGUAAGCAACAAGCUUCCCUCUGUCCAGGUGUGAGUGGGUGAGGCUCACAGCUGGCAGAGAGCGAGUCGAUCCCGCACCAGCACGGGGAAGGACGAGAGAAGCGCAAGCAGCCCAUUAUGUUACAUGUAUCAUCAUUCAGCGGAAGCUUGUAUCCUAAGGGACAAUACGUGCAUUCAUCAGAGGGUACAGAACCACAACCACAAUAAGCAAGGACAAAUGAAUGUUUUAUUAAGAGCCUGUAAGCAAACACUCGGCAUGUGGUUAAGAGGUUACCGUUCGCGCUGUGAGGGAGCGACAAGCACACUACGUCUAACCGGGAGAGCACUGCACCCGGACGUGUUCUCCCCCAGAUACUCCGGGCCAUCGAGAACGGACAUCGGCGUCAUCUCCACGCUGGGAAACGCGCAGAUAUUCCGUCCACAGCAAGCAGCAGCGUAGGCCUCAACACUCAGCAUGGCAAGCGUCACUCCACAGCCACGCAGAUUGAAGCGGCUCUGCAUUUCACAGGCAUUCGCAGUCCCCAAUCGCGGGCAUGCAGAUACUAAACGGCUCAGGUGAAGCUCCGCGACACAAGCUACCAGCUACCGGCCUCCAUGUGAGGCUAGCGCGGCGUCGGAAUGCGACGUAGCAGCUCCACGGUUGAGAACGCAGCUCUGGCGUCUACGAGACGUUCGUUGCGCGGUGUAAUGUAAUGUAUAAUGUUGUUUACUCUGAGAGGUGGCAUGAGUCAACGGUAGACUCCUUCAGGAGUGAGUAGCGAUUUCAGCGCGAACUACGGGAGUAAUAGUUUUACCAGAGAGGAGUAAGGAAGCGCGAAGCAGAGAAGCGCUACAGAGGUGGACGUUGACCUACGUAUUAAUGAUACUUCGGGUAGUUUGAACUUCUAAUUUUCCGGGCUAGAAGGAUCCACUGCGGGUGCUUGGGUGAGGAUAAAGUGCUGCUCGGUUGCCUUAUUGCUUUUAUAAUACGGUGCCAGCGAAUUUAUACAUAGUAAAUAAAUAGCGGCAGCACGAUCAUAUUUCGGUAGCCUUUAGGAAUGGUCCCGGUACUUGCAGGUAACCAAGGCACUGGACAUCGAGGCUCGCCUGCGACAUCUGGUUUUCUACGAGCCCGUUCGAGCACGGGAACCAGCAUCGCAGCCACGGGGCUUCACGCGACAACCUCUGUAUGACAAGUCAACCCUCCACAUCCACGCAGAGCGAAGGAGCGCGGCAUCGGCAGUGCCGGGUCUUCCACGGGGUAGGCCUUCCACACAAGCAGCUAACACUUCGACACGAUGCGAAACGGAGCUGUUCACGACUUCUUCCAAAGGCUAAGCUGCUGAGGAAGGUGUGCAGCUGCUAGCUGGACAUGCCGUCUUAUUUGUCCCAACCUCCUCAACUAAAGCUGGGGACAGGAGCCGUACUGACAGAGCGUUGGAUGGCAGUGGGUUCAAUGGGAUAGUGUAAUGGCUCCAACAGCGGCUUUCGGGUGCAGCAAUGUUGAGACAGAUGCAGGCCAUCUGUGUGUUUUGGCGGGUUCCAUCAAGCCACGGCAGGCCAGACCAUGGCUCCCCUUUUUCAGUUGAUUCCAUUUGGUGUGACAAUCAAACUGGGUCGUUAAUAUGCGUGGUAACUAAUAUGCGUCAACUACGGGUAAAAGGCUUUGCCUUACUGGCUGUACCACUUAAGGAAGUUAGCCCCAACAGUACUCAGGGAAUAAUUUUAGGGGCAGCUACUGCAACCACAAACCAAGGUAUCUCCUAUUCAUCCCUGCCACCAAUGGGAAGUUGGGCUGCUGCAACCCCCACAUUCACCAACUUGAAGGAUGAUGAGUUCGAUUCAGGAAAGCCUUAAAAGGUCGAACAGGCCCCCAGCAGUACAGGGGUCGCCCCACAACAGCCAGACCCCAACCUGCAUGAACCUAGCUUUGAUGAGGGCUCCUUGGCAGUACCACUACCAAGAAGAUGACUCUCCGCCUCUUGACCAGGGAUUUCCACGACUUACCAACGAGGUGCGCGCCCCUGAGCUUGUGCACGUGUCCGAGAAGAACCUGUCUGAGAUCGAGAAUGUGCAUGGCUACGUGUCCCAUUCCCACAUCUCUCCUCUCAAGCCUGCACUGGUUACCCGUUUUGAUCUUGCUUACCCCGGUGUGACUACAGAAAACUACAUGGCCAGCCCUGCACCGAUAAUCGUCAACACAGACACUUUGGAGUCAGUUCCUUAUGUCAACGGCACAGAAAUUGAAUACGAGUUUGAGGAAAUCACUCUGGAGAGGGGUAAUUCUGGGUUGGGCUUUAGCAUCGCCGGAGGCACAGAUAACCCACACAUUGGUGAUGACCCCAGCAUCUUCAUAACCAAGAUCAUCCCUGGAGGAGCUGCAGCCGAGGACGGACGGCUGAGAGUAAACGACUGCAUCCUGCGGGUGAACGACUCAGACGUGUCUGAAGUCUCUCACAGUAAAGCAGUAGAAGCCCUGAAGGUUGCAGGUUCUAUUGUUCGGCUGUAUGUGCGGCGCCGCAGGCCGAUGCUCGAGACUAUCAUUGAGAUCAAACUCAUCAAAGGACCAAAAGGGCUUGGUUUCAGUAUUGCAGGUGGAGUUGGAAACCAGCACAUUCCUGGGGACAACAGCAUAUAUGUCACCAAGAUCAUUGAUGGCGGGGCAGCACAGAAGGAUGGCCGGCUACAAGUAAGCGACCGGCUAUUAAUGGUAAACAACUACAGUCUGGAGGAGGUAUCUCAUGAAGAGGCCGUGGCCAUUUUGAAGAAUACGUCGGACGUGGUUUACCUGAAGGUGGGAAAGCCCACUAAUGUCUGCCUAUCAGAUCCCUAUGGGCCUCCUGAUAUCACACACUCUUUCUCUCCAACCAUGGAAAAUCAUAUCUCUUCCCCAGCCAACAGUGGCACUCUGGAGUACAAGUCUGGUCUCCCAACCAUCUCCCCUCGAAGUUAUUCCCCCCUCCCGAAGCACUUACUUGGAGAAGAGGAAAUAAACAGGUUGGAUGGUUUUUCCUUCUUACGAAAUCCCUCGUUAGAUGAUGGGGAGGGUCACAGGUUUGAUUCCCUGCACUUCCAGUUAAGGCCUCCUGAGCCAGUUUACAGCACUGUAAACAAACUAUGUGACAAAGCACCCUCCCCCAAACACUUUUCCCCAGUGGACUGUGACAAAAGCCUCCUCUACUCCGUCCCCCUCCCAUAUCACUUAAGCCUGUUCCCUGACUCCGACUUCACCAGGGAACCCAGGAAGGUGGUGCUCCAGAAAGGCUCCACGGGCCUGGGCUUCAACAUCGUGGGCGGUGAAGACGGAGAGGGCAUCUUUGUCUCUUUCAUCCUUGCCGGAGGGCCCGCCGACCUGAGUGGAGAGCUGAGGCGAGGUGACCAGAUCUUAUCGGUGAAUGGCAUUGACCUACGUGGAGCCACACAUGAACAAGCAGCAGCAGCACUGAAGGGAGCUGGACAGGUGGUCACUAUCAUUGCCCAGUACAGACCAGAAGAAUAUGGGCGGUUUGAGGCUAAAAUCCACGACCUAAGGGAACAGAUGAUGAACCACAGCGUGAGCUCCGGGUCAGGAUCCCUGCGAACCAAUCAGAAGAGAUCGCUCUAUGUCAGAGCACUUUUUGACUACGAGAAGUCAAAGGACAGUGGUCUCCCAAGCCAAGGGCUCAGCUUCAGGUAUGGAGACAUCCUUCACGUCAUUAACGCCUCAGAUGAUGAGUGGUGGCAGGCCCGCCGUGUCACACCACAUGGCGACAGUGAGGAGAUGGGUGUCAUCCCCAGCAAGAGACGGGUGGAGAGGAAAGAGCGAGCGCAUCUAAAGACUGUGAAGUUCAAUGCUAAACCGGGCUUCGCGAAUUCAAAAGACUCAGUCAAUGACAAACGUAAAAAGAAUUUCAUCUUUACGCGAAAGUUCCCAUUCUACAAGAACAAAGAGGGUGAGCAGGAUGGCAGUGAUUCGGACCGGAGCCAAGAGGAUGUAAUUCUCUCAUAUGAACCCGUGAUGCGACAAGAAAUUAAUUAUGCUAGACCCGUCAUAAUUCUUGGGCCAAUGAAGGACAGAAUCAAUGAUGAUCUGAUAUCAGAAUUCCCAGACAAGUUUGGCUCUUGUGUGCCACCUGCAAACAGUUCAGGGGACCAAGACACCACUCGGCAGAAGAGGGACUAUGAGGUGGACGGGCGAGACUACCACUUUGUGUCGUCCAGAGAGCAGAUGGAGAAUGACAUCCAAGAGCACAAGUUCAUUGAGGCGGGACAAUACAACGAUAAUCUCUAUGGAACGAGUGUCCAGUCUGUGAAAUAUGUUGCCGAAAGGGGGAAACACUGCAUUCUGGAUGUGUCUGGAAACGCCAUCAAACGACUACAAGUAGCACAACUCCAUCCCGUCGCCAUCUUCAUAAAACCAAAAUCUAUUGAUUCAUUAAUGGAUAUGAAUAAAAGAUUGACAGAGGAACAAGCCAUGAAGACAUUCGACAGGGCGAUGAAGCUGGAGCAGGAGUUUGGUGAAUUAUUCACAGCCCUGGUUCAAGGAGACAACUUAGAAGACAUUUAUAGCCACUGCAAACGCGUGAUAGAGGAACAUUCAGGACCCUUUAUCUGGAUCCCCUCCAAAGAGAAACUAUAAUCACUCUGGAAGGGAGCCUGGACUGCUAAAGACUAGUAAUACGUUUGUUGUAACAUAUGAUAACUGUAUGGCGAUGACUCCAUAAAUAACUAUUGUGUUAUAUGUUUCAUGUGUAAUUGAGUUCUCUUUUGUUUUGUUACUGCUUCUUUCACUCAACAUGAAUGUUUCUGAAUGUAUUCCACAAAGUGUUAGGGAGUUUGAGGUCUUGGAACAUAAACCGUUUGUUGAUUCUGAUUUGAAUACAGAGGAAAGGAAAUGUAGGGUGUGUGCCCACACCUGGAUGCUGUUAAAGCUGGAAAAGGGGUACCGUUCAGACGUCUUUGCUUCGCUAACAGAAGAAAUUAGGCGUUCCAACUGAGACAUCCUCCCUCUCCCUUCACACUGCAACAACUAGCAAAGAAUCAUGUGAAGUUCAAUGUUUUCUUGGAUUUUCUCCAGAACACAGCUUUGCUUUGUGUUUGUUUACAGCAUCUUUUCCUUUUUUGGAUUACUGUAUUUAUAUCACAUUACAAUGAGGAUGUGUGAUGAAAAUGUUUGGUUUGUUUUAAACUUAUUGUUUUUUAUUUUUAUUUUAUUUAAAAACACAUAACUAUUCCCACUGUUGCAUUGACAAUGAUUAAAGGAAAAAAGCUGCCAUUGGCAACAAAGAUGUAACACUAUUUUUUGCUACUUAAAUGGCUGGGGGGCAUAAAAGCACAGAAUCAUUUAUUACUGAAACAAACUUUGAUUAAAAGGUCAUUUACAGAGCAUGUUUUAUUUGAAUUAUUUAGUAUGUCGUGACUGUUAGGGUCAAUGGGAAUAUCAUGAAAGAAAGUUCUGUUUUAGAUUUGGAGUGGAAAGGCUCAAGUGGUCUUUCAAUUUACUACUCAAACACAAUUGGGCUAAAACAAUACCAUAGUGGGAUCAGUGUGCUGUGGCAAAGGCGCCCGGGGAGCAGUUAUCGGUUAGGUGCCUUUCUCAAGGUCACUUCGACACACAACAUGCGGCAUGCCGGUUUCGUACCGCCAACCCUGCGGCUGCCGGCGCAACCACUCGACAUGGAGUAUAGUAGCAAUGCGGAGGAUAGGAAUUCAAAUAAAGAACCAAUACCUUUUGAAAGUAUGAAAGCAGAGUACACUGUAAAAAAAGUACGUUGAUUAUACGGUAAUAAACUGUUAAAUCGCAACGGUAAAAGACUGUUGAUUAAAAAUAGGUCAUCUUCUGUUUCUAUCACAUUGAAAUACCGUAUAUGUAUAUAUCAGCGCAACCCGUAAUUAAUGCAUCUAUUUCUUGUAAGAAAUACAUUUUCUCACUGUUAAUUGUACUAAACAGUGUACCGAUAACGUAAAUACACCGUAUUAUGAAAAACACUCAAUACCGUAGUUUUUGCAUGUAUUAUAAUGUAUUAUAACUUCAAAAAAAUACAUUCUGUCCCUGUUAAAUGUACGGACUACUGUGCUGGCAACCGAAAUAUAACAUAUUUUAAAUGUAACAGCCAGCCCCGUUAUUUUUGCAUUUAUUAUUUGUAAAGGAUACAGUUGGUCACUGUUAAUUGCACUAAAAAUUGUACUGAUGACGGUAAUCCACCGUAAUAUGAACAACACUCAAUACCGUAGUUUUUGCAUGUAUUACUAUUUAAAAAUACAUUUCGUUACUGUUAAAUGUACGGACUAUUUUGCUGCAAGUGGAAAUAUAACGUAUUAUGGCAUUCACAGCAGGUCCAGUAUUUUUUGCAUGUAUUAUUUGUACAAAAUAGAGUUUAUAAUUGUUAAUUGCAAUGAAGAUUGUAGUUAACAAAUGGUGAAGUUAACAUGGGUAACAUGGGUAUAUUAACCAUUCUGAUUUUUUAUGGAAAGGCUGGGAAAGAAAGACAGAGAAAGGGAGACAAAUUGAGGGAUAUAGAGAGAGACAGAAGGAAAGAGAGAGACACGACAGGAGGGCAGAAGUGUGGCUGUGUUAAAAAAACACAACGUUUGAAGAUUGAACUUUUCAACUCCACUUCAGAGCCAUUUCUACGCACUCUGCAUUGCUGGAACAACGGCCUAACUGACUCCGGGCUAUAUUUCUUCUUGAAGUAACUUGCCUACAUAAUCAUCUAAGCUAUAUUUUAAUUUGAUGCUUUGUUUUCUACAAUUUUGCAUCACUGUUGCAAAAACGUUGCACAGAACGUUAGCUAGCUAGCUAACAUUAGUUUACCAAAACAUUGGCUAAGGAAAAUGUUUCAAUACAAUUACUGUGGCAGGUUGGUUAAAACACAGAGGGGUUAUGUGCUUCAUUGCAAACUUCAUAGAAAUGAACCACGUUGUUUGUUUAAGUGCGUUGACGCUGGUUGCAAAAAGACCUCUGUUCGAUAUGGAGCAUUUAAGGCUCAUUUCUACCGGACACAAAUCGUUAACUUAUCAGCUUCUGUUAACGUUACUGUCGGGACAGCUCUCAAAUGCGGUGUGGCGUUAUGUGAACAUCAGUGUCAAAAUACAAAACAGCUAAAAGCGCAUUUGAAGGAGCAUCUCUUGGAAGGACGCGCUGUGAGUUUUCCAGUGAGUGGAUAUAAAAACGUUUUCAUGGUCAAAUCCCCAUUCACUGCUCACAUGUCACACAAAAUGUAUAAUUGAUGGGAUUAAUUAGAUGUGCAAUUAUCCUGGUUGUUAAAAAAUGAACCACAUGAAACGCGAAGAUAAGUCUUAAUUGAAUCUUGAGAGUGAAUGUCAUGCUGUCAGUCCAGCAGCUCCCCCUGUGUUUGUUUGCUUUGUUUGUGUUUCCGCUGUCUCUGCAAGGAGCUGUGGUCUUCCCCUGUUCAUCCCCAAAGGGUGUGGCUGGAACAGCUGACGGCAAUCAGCCAUCAGGGGACUCUCCUACAUCAACCCGGGUCUUCCUGCCAUUCAGCGCCAGAUCGUUCUGUCGUCAGAGUGGUAACUAUGUAUUCAGGCCACCUGCUAUUAGACGCUGUCUUUGUUCACCUUGUCCUGUUUUUUGCCACGUUGAUGCCUUUGUGCUAAAAUGGGUCCUCUUUUAACAUUCAACCUGACUCUUAUUAAUUUUGAUUAACUAUAAAGUGGAAUUAUAUUAAGAGUGUUGGUUUCUUCUAGGUCAUUGAAGCUCAGUUAAACACAAGAAGGCAGUGAAUGUGUCUCUGCUCAAGCAGUGCAUCAAUCUAACUUUGCCUUUGUUUCUGUUUUUGGGCUACAGAGAGGAUCAUCCCAAUCCGCAUUGAACACCUGAGGAUACAAGCCUCAAGCAGAUGGUCCCGAACCGCUACGCUUCCUGGAUGUUGAUUUACCAUAUGCUUUCUUUAAUAUUUCCUGAUGUUGACUGAAAUAUAUGCCAACCUAUUGUAAUACAUUAUACCUUAUAUUUUUGCAAUGGAUUUCUGGAAAAUACAGAUGCUGGCAAUUUGCUUUGAACUUUGUAAUAAAAUACCGUAACUCA